GGUGAAGACCUGAUUUGUGCCAGUUGUAGUCAAACAGCUCCUGUGGGACUGAUCUCUGCGAGGGAUAAUCUGAGUAAUCCUAUAACCAGGCCUGACCCCGCCCCUUCUCUAUGUGGCCUUGCCCCUUCUAUAGGCUCUGUGAUCCUAGUGCAUCUUGUCUGGUGUUGAGGGCAGAAGUGGAGAGUAUUUGUUUCAUUUUAGUGACUGUUUGGUAAUAGCAGCGUGAACUCUGGGCUGGUCUGACAGGCAUUACGCCAGGGCCACUUAGAACGGAGGCAUGUGGCACCCGGCAGCAUCACCUGCGACAGGAGGCAGCCCGGGCAGGGACAGGGGCUAUGGCCACUACUCUUCAGGGCCUAUGAGUGCCCACCCACACGGCCCUCCAAUGGGUGGUAUGGUGGGCCACCCGUCAGUCAUCAGUACCUCCAGACCCCUUCCAUCCCCAAUGUCCACGUUAGGAUCCUCCAUGAAUGGCCUGGCUUCACCCUACCCUGUCAUUACCUCAUCUCUGGGCUCUCCCUCCAGCAUGAACUUCGGACCACUCAGUAGCCCACAGAUGAACUCCAUGAACAGUGUUAGCAGCUCAGAGGACAUCAAGCCUCCACCAGGGCUUCAAAACCUGAGCAACAUCAACUACCAGUGCACAAGUCCUGGAGGCAUGUCCAAGCAUAUCUGCGCCAUCUGUGGAGACCGCUCCUCAGGGAAACACUACGGUGUAUACAGCUGUGAGGGAUGUAAGGGCUUCUUCAAAAGAACGGUUCGCAAAGACCUGACCUACACUUGUCGAGACAACAAGGAGUGCCUCAUCGACAAACGCCAGCGAAACCGUUGCCAGUACUGUCGGUACCAGAAGUGCCUGGCCAUGGGGAUGAAGAGAGAAGGUGUGUGCACUGUGCAGGAGGAGAGGCAGCGCGGGAAAGAGCGAGGAGACAAUGAGGUGGAGUCUACAAGCUGUUUCAAUGAGGAAAUGCCUGUGGACAAGAUCUUAGAUGCAGAGCUGGCUGUGGAGCCCAAAACAGAGCCAUACUCUGAAGGGGGCCCAGGCAACUCGACCAAUGACCCCGUCACAAACAUUUGCCAAGCAGCAGACAAGCAGCUCUUCACCUUGGUGGAGUGGGCCAAAAGGAUACCGCACUUCUCUGAACUCCCGUUGGAUGACCAAGUCAUCUUACUUCGAGCAGGCUGGAAUGAGCUCCUCAUAGCAUCAUUCUCACAUCGCUCGGUCACAGUGAAAGAUGGCAUACUGUUGGCCACAGGGCUCCAUGUGCACAGGAGCAGUGCCCACAGCGCUGGGGUGGGCUCUAUCUUUGACAGAGUUUUGACAGAGCUAGUUUCUAAAAUGAAAGACAUGCAGAUGGAUAAAACAGAGCUAGGCUGUUUACGAGCCAUUGUUCUCUUUAAUCCAGAUGCAAAGGGUCUUUCAAAUCCAUCUGAAGUAGAAGCACUGAGGGAAAAGGUGUAUGCUUCGUUAGAGUCAUAUACAAAACAAAAAUAUCCAGACCAGCCAGGCAGGUUUGCUAAGCUCCUCCUGCGCCUCCCAGCUCUACGAUCCAUUGGCCUUAAAUGUCUGGAACAUUUGUUUUUCUUUAAACUGAUCGGCGACACGCCCAUUGACACGUUCCUGAUGGAGAUGCUUGAGGCGCCACACCAGAUCACAUGACACCAGCCCCCCCUGGCCCCUGUACAUACCCCUUUACAGACAGUGAUGCAUAAAAGACUUGAUCUAAACUGUAAAGAAGCAUAUUUUGUACCAUGCAAGACAACUGUAAUUAAACUUGAAUAAAGUAUUAUGAGGAUUGGGUAAGUCAUAAGUCAUAACUACACUGUCUUUUUAACAGAUUCAGUUGUAAAUAGAUAAUGUCAGGUUUCAAAGCAAUCCAAUGCAAUUUGAAAAUAAUAUUUUACUGUAUGAAAUUGUAUAAAACAGGAACUUCCUUCCAUUUAUAAACCAUAUCUGUGAAUUCCUACAAAAUAAAGUUAUUUGAAUUGUUACAAAA